GGUCAUGGUGCUACCUUUCCUCUUAAUAGAAAGGGGGGUGGUCCGGUGUGGCCUAAUCCUCUAUACAGGGCUAAGCACAGUUCUAGUGAGAUGAGGCUUAAGGAUCGUGAGUGUGAGACUACGGUGGCUGAAGAGAUUAGUGGCUCUAAGAUGGACUUGGAUGUGGAGGCUCCUCAACAUAAAGGGGAUGGUAAGGUUAUGCUGGUCUCGGAAUUUGAGGAAGACACUGAUGAUUUGCUUGAAGAGGGUGAGGGGAAUGUGGCAUCUGGUCAGGGUAUGAGUGAAGAGGCUUUGGCGGGUCAUGGUGAUGCGGAUGCAGAUGGUUCUAAGCAAGGUAACAAGCAGAAGGUGGUGGGGAAACAGGGGAACAACACUAUGAACGGUAAACCACCUCGUGGUGGUCGUCAAGUCAAGAAAGGAAUGGUGGCUCUCUCGGAACCAACGGCUCAAACGUGAAGGUCCUAAGUUGGAAUUGUCAGGGCAUAGGGGCUGACCUGACAAAGGAAUACUUGGGAGAUUUGUAGAAGAAAACCAGACAUUUUAUUUUUAUUGGAGACAAAAAAAUGUUUUAUGUUGUGUAUGUAAGGGUCAAUUCUAAUACAAUUAAAGACAACUUUAAUAUAGGAACAAAUCAAUAUUAAUAAUUUAAAAUA